AUGUAUCGAUAUCUAUCUCUUUUUCUUUUUUCUUUUUCUUCUUCUGUUUCUUCGUUUUCUUCUUCUUUUCUUUCUUUAUCGUCUUCUGUUUCUUUUUUCUUCUUUUCUUUUUCUGGUCAUGGAACGCCUGUGCGGCCGCCAUGUUAUUUUAUCUUCAUAAAUUCUCUUCUUCUUUUCUAUUUUUUCUUCGUUUUGUUUUUUCUCCUUUCUUUAUCUUUUUUUUCGUUUUUUCUUCUUCUUCAACUUUCUUUUCUACCUCUUCCUGUUCCUCCUCCUCUUUUUUAUACCCCUUUCACUAUCUUAUUCUCCCACAUUAUUAUUAUUAUUAUUAUUCUCCUUCCUUCCUUUUCUUCUUCUUCUUCUUCUUCUUCUUCUUCUUCUAACCUGAAUUUUCCAACCUAUCCAUAUAUUCUUCUUCUUCCUUUUGUUUUACUUUUGUUUUCUUUUCUUCUUUCUUCAACUUCCUUCCCGCAUUCUUCAUCUUCGUUCUCAGAUUUCUCUUAUUUCUUCCUCUUUCUUCUCCUUUACCUGUUUUUCUUCCUCCUCUUUCUUCCACCUCUUUCUUCUUCUUCUUCUUCUUCUUCUUCUUCUUCUUCUUCUUCUUCUUCUUCUUCUUCUAACCUGAAUUUUCCAACCUAUCCAUAUAUUUGUCUUCUUCUUCUUCUUCUUCUAACCUGA